AUGGACAUUUAUGGUAAGGAUGGUGGGGAGUUUAGAGCUGACAUUGUGACCCAGCGAGUUCAGGCAAUAUCUGACUCCAGGGACCCUGUGGACUCUGUUCCCCCCAUGAAAAGUGGGUGUAACCGUCUACUCAAAAGUGACUGUGAAGCAAAUGGAGACGCUGUGGUCAUUUAUGAAAAGUCUUCUUCCUUUCGUCAUCCCUCACCUGUAUGGUACGACUACCGGGAGAUGCUGCACAACGCCACUUUCUGUCUGGUUCCUCGUGGACGCAGGCUUGGGUCCUUCAGGUUCCUGGAGGCUUUGCAGGCCGCCUGCGUCCCAGUGAUGCUGAGCAACGGAUGGGAGCUGCCGUUCUCGGAAGUGAUUAAUUGGAACCAAGCCGCCGUCAUCGGCGACGAGAGGUUGUUAUUACAGAUUCCUUCUACAAUCAGGUCUAUUCAUCAGGAUAAAAUCCUAGCACUUAGACAGCAGACACAAUUCUUGUGGGAGGCUUAUUUUUCUUCAGUUGAGAAGAUUGUAUUAACUACACUAGAGAUUAUUCAGGACAGAAUAUUCAAGCACAUAUCACGUAACAGUUUAAUAUGGAACAAACAUCCUGGAGGAUUGUUCGUGCUACCACAGUAUUCAUCUUACCUGGGAGAUUUUCCUUACUACUAUGCUAAUUUAGGCUUAAAACCCCCCUCCAAGUUCACUGCAGUCAUCCACGCAGUGACCCCCCUGGUCUCUCAGUCCCAGCCAGUGUUGAAGCUUCUUGUGGCCGCAGCCAAGUCCCAGUACUGUGCUCAGAUCAUAGUUCUAUGGAAUUGUGACAAGCCCCUCCCAGCCAAACACCGCUGGCCUGCCACUGCCGUGCCUGUCAUCGUCAUAGAAGGAGAAAGCAAGGUUAUGAGCAGUCGUUUCCUGCCCUAUGACAACAUUGUAACAGAUGCCGUGCUCAGCCUUGAUGAGGACACUGUGCUUUCCACCACAGAGGUGGAUUUCGCCUUCACUGUGUGGCAGAGCUUUCCCGAGAGGAUCGUGGGGUACCCUGCACGCAGCCACUUCUGGGACAAUGCCAAGGAGCGGUGGGGAUACACGUCCAAGUGGACCAACGACUACUCCAUGGUGUUGACUGGAGCGGCCAUCUACCACAAAUAUUAUCACUACCUGUACUCCCAUUACCUGCCAGCCAGCCUGAAGAACAUGGUGGACCAAUUGGCCAAUUGUGAGGACAUUCUCAUGAAUUUCCUGGUGUCUGCUGUGACAAAAUUGCCUCCAAUCAAAGUGACCCAGAAGAAGCAGUACAAGGAGACAAUGAUGGGACAG